AUGAAGACCGUUAGAGCGCGAGGAGGCAGAUAUCACCAGCACUGCUCGUACUGCAGCCGCGUCAAGUUCAUCGACUCGUCGACCAGCUUCCCACCUCGCGUGCCGAACCGCGGACUCAUGGCAACAUGCACAGGCUGGCGCCAGAUCUGCACGCACUUCCGCAAGCGACAACUCGAAAGCUUCGUGAACCAGUUGCUCAAGGCAGCAAAAGAUCUGUCGUACCGCACAGGAAGAGGGCAGUGCGAGCGGUUCCUCGUGGUCUCACAGAUCCUCAGCUCGUUUCUGUCGGCGCCAAGUAUGCUGGCAACGGAGAGCGUCUGGUAA